AUGGAGCUCAAUAAGGGAAGGAAGAAAGACUCUAUCGAGCAGUUCAUUGAGCUGCCUCAAAUUAUCCUAGAUACAAGUCUCAGCCAACUUCGAUAUAUGAUUCUAAUAGAAGGACUCACCAUUCCUGAUGGCUACGACCAAUGCCCAUAUCGAUCCCACGUCUGGUCUAUAUUGUGCAGAGUACCCGUCUAUCCAACCAGCAAAUAUGCCAGAUUGAUAUCAGAAGUUCCUGAAAAGUUGCCUCCCGAUCUAUAUCGCAAAAUCAAGAACGAUACCUUCAGAACACUCAUGAACGACAAGAGCUUUCAUUCGAAAGUAAGUGAGGAGUCAUUGACCAGGAUUCUACUGGCUGUUGCCCUCUCACGGCCCGAAAAUAAAGUAGGUUACGUUCAAGGCAUGAAUGUCUUGUUGGCACCCAUAGCAUAUUCCUGUCAUCGCAGUGAGCCUCAAGCCUUUGCUUUGCUUCACCACUUGGUCAACGACCAACUUCCAUUAUAUGUCACCGCCAAUCUAGAUGGUGUCCAUACCGGCUUGAGUCUUGUGGACGUCGUCCUUCGCAUCAUUGACCCAGUCUUAAGUGAUUACUUGGACUCCAAAUUUCUCAAGGCAGAGAUUUAUGCUUUUCCAUCAGUACUAACGUUGUGUGCGUGUACCCCAACGCUCAACUCUUUGAUCAAACUUUGGGACUUUUUAUUUGCAUAUGGAACUCACAUGAAUAUCCUUUUCGUCGUGGCGCAGCUAAUCAUGAGUAGGUCGGCGCUUCUCCAAUCGUCACAGCCAAUGAAGCUUUUGAGAAACUUCCCCCUUUGA